AAGUUCAAUUUCUGCACCGUUCUUCAUGUUACGAAGACGAAAGGCCUUCCAAGUCUCUACAAUUUCCAACUCAAUAGCAAUUGACAAAGUUCGUCUCUUUGUGGUCUUUAUCAAAGGAAUCUCAUUAAAGCACAGUGCAACCGAGUGAAGUUUAUGGGUGACCAAGGAAAAGAACUUCGGCUUAUUGCCAUGGCAAAGUCAGGUUGGGUCUGGCUGCACGAGAAGACAGGGUUGCCGUGGUGGUCAACCUUGGUUGCAGGUGCUGUAGUUAUUCGAGCUGCAACCUUUCCUCUUUGCUUGUACGGUCAGUACCACGCAGAUAAAUUGAGUUCGCUAGCUCCAGAGUUGGAACGAAUAAGGGCGUAUGUUAGUCGUUCAUCAGGAACAACAGUACAGAAGAUUAGGACGUUUCGUCGUUUGAGACAGGAAUUGCUGAAGCGAAGCAGUUCUUCAUCUUUGAAGGUUGUUCCCUAUGGGAAACUAGUCCACAUACCGCUUUUUAUAACAGCAGCAGCAUCUGUGAGAAGAUUAGCCUUUCAAAGAUAUCCAGGUUUUGAAUCGGAAGGUAUUUCCUGGUUUAAGGAUUUGGCAGCACCGGAUCCUUGGUAUAUUCUUCCCAUAGUCAAUAGUGCUAUUUUGAUAGCAAAUACGGAAAACAGCUUGAAAGCUAAUGAAAAACCAAGUUUGAAUUCAUCGAAAAGGUCUCUAGGAGAUCUAGCGAACAGCCUUCGAGAUCCACAAAUAGUUGAUUGGAUGAAGAUUAUUUUACAAGGAAUGACAAUUUUAGUAUUUCCAUUGAUCUCGCAUUUGCCAUCAGGCGUUGUCUUUUUCUGGACGGUGAAUUCUUUGUUGAAUGCGUUGCAACAAACUCUGCUUAUAGGAAAGGGAAAACGAUAUGUUGGGCUUUAUAAUCGAACUGAACUGUUAGCACAGUCAAAGGGACUGGCUGACUCAUUGUUUCAUGAUAUAAACACUUCAGUAGAAGACGCUCGUCUUCAGCUUUCUCGUAUUCAGAAAUUUGUUAUGGAAUACUCUAAAGAGCCAGUAAGAAUGUUUCAAGAAUUUUUGCUGAAUGAACGGAGAUCCAAACGACUUUCACUUCCAUUGAGUGCAGAAAUAAGGAAAGACGAAACCACUGGAAAAGACUAUGUUGCUAUUGUUAUGGCGUCUCCAGAUGAGGAAGACAGUUCCAGCAAAGCUUGAUGCUAUUUUGACAAAGUUUAUUCUUGUUGCAGAUGAUACAAUGAGUAUUUGUGAUUUAUUUGGAGGACAUUCAUUUCUUGAAUUUUCUUUAAGUUACUCUUUCAAUAAGAUACAAGGUCUUCCAGAACGGCUCUUAUGAUAUUAUUGUUUUGAAACAUUUCCAAAAAAAAUUUAGGCUGCAGAAAUAAAGCUUCUUUGAAAGAUCCAAUACAUAAGUGGACUUGUUUGA